AUGCAACGUCUCCCUGCUUCUUCCGCCUCUAUCUCACCCACCUUCCGGCUCCGUGUUCAGAUUGAGAAGGUGGUGGCGAGGGACAUGGGCACGUGUGAGACUCGUGGAAUCACGAUUUGCCGUUGUGCUCGAAUCAAGACACUAAAAGUGGGUCCACAUUGGACCUCCCCGACGCUUUAG